AUGGCUGUCUGGUCUGCUGAAAAUGCUACUAACGCUUAUCUCAGAGCAAUAAAAAUGGGAGAGAGAAACAAGGAGCCAGACACGGCGGAGUUCAUCUCCGCCCUGGUGGCCGGCACCAGUGCUCGCCUCAUGGUGGUUGCAUGCUCGGGCGCCGCCGACUGCACCACCUUAGCCCUGGUGGCUGCGGCCUACCAAACUGGGGGCCAGGUGGUGUGCAUUGUCGGCGGCGCCAGUGAGGUGCAACAGUCGAGGCGAGCGUUGGGAGAAAGCGGAGCGGAUGUGAAGUUCGUUGUGGGGAGUGCGGAGUUACUAUUGGCGGGUGAGUACAGAGAAGCGGACUGCGUGGUAGUGGAUUGCAGGAUCAGAAACUGCCAGAGGAUUCUAGAAAGUGCGAGAAGCGAGGCGUUGGUUUUGGGGUACAAUGCUUUGUGCGGAGGCUUGGAGUUUGAUAAUGAUGCGCAUUUGCUACCAAUAGGGGAAGGGCUGCUCGUGAGGAGGGCGGCGACGCAGCAUCGUCGCCGGACGGAGAAGGGCGGCCGGUGGGUUGUGACGGUGGAUAAGUUCACUGGUGAAGAGCAUGUUUUUAGGGUUCGGAGUAAAGGCAAGUUUUGCAAGAGUAAUUAA